AUGCAGGCGCACGAGCUGUUCAGGCACCUGCGUGUGCCGGAGCUGGGGGACGUCAGGCAGUACGUGCGCACCCUCCCGACAAACACCCUCAUGGGCUUCGGCGCCUUCGCGGCCCUCACCACCUACUGGUACGCAACCAGGCCGAAGGCCCUGAAGCCACCCUGCGACUUGGCAAUGCAGUCUGUGGAAGUAGAGGGUAGUGAGCAUGCUCGAAGGUCCUCUCUUCUUCACAGCGAUGAACCGCUGGUUUACUACUACGAUGAUGUCAGAACAGCUUAUGAUAUCUUCCAAAGGGGUUUGCAAGUAUCAAAUAAUGGCCCAUGUCUAGGUGUUAGAAAACCAAACCAGCCAUAUGAGUGGAUAUCCUAUAAAGAGGUUUCAGAUAGAGCUGAGUGUGUGGGCUCUGCGUUACUCCACCGAGGCUUCAAACCGUCUCACACUCAAUAUAUAGGCAUCUUUUCACAAAACAGACCUGAGUGGGUCAUCAUUGAGCAGGCAUGCUAUGCGUUCUCCAUGGUGGUGGUGCCUCUCUAUGACACGCUGGGAGCUGAAGCCAUCACCUACAUUGUGAACAAAGCUGACUUGUCAUUGGUUUUCUGUGACAAACCUGACAAGGCCAAACUUCUGCUAGCCAGUGUGGAGAAGGGGGAAACUCCAGUACUCAACACCAUUGUUAUCAUGGAGCCUUUUGGCACAGAGCUUGUGGAACGUGGCAAAAAGUGUGGGGUGGAAGUCUUUAGCAUGAAAGAAAUAGAGGAGCUGGGAAGAGCACACAGGCAAAAACCUAUGCCUCCAAAGCCAGAAGAUCUAGCAGUCAUCUGUUUCACCAGUGGAACAACAGGUAACCCCAAAGGAGCUAUGAUCACUCAUGAAAACAUAGUCAGCAAUGCUUCAGCUUUUGUGAAAACUACAGAGAAAACAUUUAUGCCUUCCUCUGAUGACGUUCUGAUAUCAUUCCUGCCCUUGGCUCAUAUGUUUGAGCGAAUUGUUGAGUGUGUGAUUCUGUGCCAUGGAGCUCGGAUAGGAUUCUUUCAAGGGGAUAUCAGAUUGCUUAUGGAUGACCUAAAAAUGCUGCAGCCAACUGUAUUUCCUGUAGUACCAAGGCUGUUGAACAGAAUGUUUGACAAGAUUUUUGGACAGGCAGAUACUUCAUUAAAGAGGUGGAUGCUGGAUUUUGCUUCCAAGAGGAAAGAAGCAGAACUCAGAAGUGGUAUAGUUAGAAAUAACAGUUUGUGGGAUAAAGUCAUCUUCCGCAAAAUACAGGCAAGUUUGGGAGGUAAAGUGAGGCUGAUGGUUACAGGAGCAGCACCUGUAUCUGCAAGCGUACUGACCUUCCUGAGGACAGCUCUUGGCUGUCAGGUGAGUUUCCUGGCUUUAAUUCUAAAACACAAAGAUCUUAAUUGUUCCAGCUUUGAUGUUAGAGUAGUUCUAGUAGUCUGA